AUGGCCGAUCAUGGAAUCGGCGCCGCAGACGAACUCUCCCAACUAUCAUUAGGCGGCCACGGUCCUGAGCCGCCCAUGCCGCCACCCAACUUAAGGACCGCGGGCAUCAUUGCCACUGACAUUUCAGAUAAUUUUGCGGCAGCGGUCAGAACGCUGGAACCCGGCGAGCUAGUCAAGGAUGGCUUCUUCACACUUUUUGACUCCGUCGCCGCCCUGGAAAUUAUGGAUCCUAAAAUGGACAGCGGAUGUGUCCAGCCGGGGGAGGAAUUUGAGGUGCUCUAUGACGUGUCACGACCGUUGCUUCCGGAGGAGGUGCUUGGUAUAAUGGAUCAACUGUUGUGCCAUGAGAUGUCCUGGCAUUUGGGAUACCCCUUGUCGCAAACAAUAUUUACCAGUGUUUACGUGGACGCGCUUUUGAUGCCUGCACCUGGCAGUAUCCGACAGGCAAAAUUCAUUAGGAAUGGACAUCAGAAUGUGAAUCAAGAGCCUAUGCUUGAUAUUCUCCGGGCUUAUUGCCUAGGAAUGCUUAAAGCAUGUGGACAUGUUAAUGAACGCAUCAAGUCUGAGCACUUCUACGAGGAGGAAGACUUUGUACCUAAUACAUACAAUCGUACUUUGUUAACUGAAUUUCCCACACAAGACGUCAAAGAUGUACUGAAAGCAGCAAGGGAGACCGUUGAAUCUCUGAAGGGCUCGAUACCUGACGGCGUUUCUGAAGCACUCACGAGUCGCUUGGACCUGCGUUACAUCUUUUUGGAUGCUACAGAAUCGCCGCAGUAUUUGAAGAAUCUUCCCAAGGCGAGGUUGCCAUGGGAGGAGGCGAUUGCUAUCUUGCCUCGGAUAUCUUCGACACAUUCCUUGACUAAGUCGGUCGAGGACGCUUUCAGCACCAAACUACAGAGGAAAUUGGCUAGUACUAUGCCGCCGCGACCAAUUGUUCAGCUCAAGUUUGAUGAUGCGUUUAACCAUCUAUCGCGAUUGCUUAAGGACGGCCUCGAUGUCAUUGGUGUCCUAGAAUAUACUAAUUCGCAAUGCCUUCAGAACUUCGUGUAUACCUUUCAAUCAAAGAAACCUCAACCAAUGGUUUACGUGCGAACCCUUCUACAAACAUUCCUCUUCAACGCUAUGGAGAUUCUGGGCUCUAUGAGCAUUCGCCAACUCCUCGACGACGACCUCUCCAUUAUCACCCUCCCCGCAAACACGUUCCUUGACAGGGAUAAUGACGAGAUCGAAGCCGUCCAUGAUCCUCGUUUCGUCAUGUCCCAACAAAUGGAGCUCUUCCGUCAAAAAGCCGCGCAACCAUUCCUCGACAUUUUCAGAACCGCCUGCCAAAACAGAUGUCGCGUCCGUCGAACUCUGUGCCACUUGAUUCGAGACUGGGAGAAUCUGCAAGUCGACGCUGAGGACAUUGACCAAAUCCUGCAGAUCAAGACUAAAGAGCCGCCACUGCUGCAGCGAUCUACGUUGGGCCUCAGCCCUGUUGAAACUUACUCCCUACCUUUGUCAUCGUGGACGUAUCUAUAUAAGCUGCAACAAAUGGAGGCCAUUGUCCAGCUAGGCUUCGAGCUUGAGGUCUAUCAGGCAGAUGAGCUGGCUGGAAUGUACUGGUACUUGAACUACCUGGCAAAAUCCCGCCUCCAACACACCGAAAGAAUCAAGACAUUCGUUGUGCGUCAGGCUACUACGGUUCGAUCCUUACACACCAUCGACCCGAGCCAAGAGGCCCAGCUUCAACGAUCUCUUGCGUACAUGAGACUUUCUUUGCUGCAAGCAGCAGUGACCUGGGAGCUCUCCGAUGCCCUCAGCUGCAUAUACACUGUCCUGAACCGCUACGCAAUCGUCAAACCGCCCCCACGCCCAUACAGCAACGACCAGCUACGCUACGAUCUCCGCAUGCGACCAUUCGCUUCCAUCGGCUUGCCCUCUCUCCCCAGCUUUGAAGAAUUUACUCUCGGCACAAAGCAGCCGGAUACUAGCACAGAAGAACUUCUCGAAUACGCCGAACGCGCAGCGACAGGUGCAAAGAGAGGCUUUGAAACACUUAGCAAGUACUCGGCAGAGGAUAGUUUUUCUGUAGGAUCACACGAAGCAUGGACUACCUCGGUGAAAGGCGCACUGAAGGCGUGUAUAGCUGCGGGAGUUGCAAUUUCCAGUCUGCAAAAGGCGUUGCGGCGUACAGUUGGCGAAAAUGGCACGGGUGAUGUGCUGCAUGUCACGGCGACGGUACCGACUCCAGAUAAGGCGUAUCACGAGUGGUGGAUUGUACCGAGGAUCGUUCCAGUUGUGACAAUGGAGAUGGGUAACUAA